UGAAGAAUUCGAUGUGGAUAUUGAUAAUUUGAAUAAAAUAAUUACAAAAAAUAAUGAAAUUAAGGAAACUUUAAUCAAUAAUAUUAAAGCUUUGAUUAAUAAAAUUAAUGAUGAUUAUGAUAAUGAUACAAAUUCUAUCAAAUAUUCACAGUCUAUUUAUAGUGACAUAUAUCCAAAUCACCAUGUUCCAAAAGAAACUUUGGUCAUUUCCAAACUUAUAGAAUCGUAUAAUGAAAUCAAAAAGGAUCAUUUGCUUGCUGAAGAUUUAUGUAGGCAAAAUCCUUUAUUAGGAUUAUCAAUAAUCAGCUUAGUGAAUCAUUUCAAAAAAAUAUGGAAAUCUGCAUCAUAUAAUAGAUCAGAUACAAAUAUCAAUGAAAAUACAUACUUGCAGCACUUAGUCAAUCCAAUUAUAAAUUUUUUAGUUUAUGAUAUUGAUAAUAUUGAGUCUAGAUGGAGUGGUUGUAGGUCGGAAUCUACAAAACACAGGAACCUUGAUAAUAUCAACUUGACAAGGUUUCCUGACAUGCUUUUUUAUCAAGAGAAUUUUGGAUAUAGAUUUAAAUUGAAUAGAUUCUUAAAAGAUGCCUACAAAUAUACCCAUUCAUUUUUAAAAAAUAAUUAUGUGAAAAAUAUGGAUGUCACUUUGGAUCAGAUGAAAUUCAUAUCUAUACAUUUCCAUGAGGAAAUUAUGGAAAUUGAUAUUGUACAAAGGGACUUCCCGCCAUUCUUGGUGGUUAGAAAAUUUUGUAUAAUUGAACUUCCUCUGAAAAAUUCAUCAGAUACAAACAGAUUGGCAAAUACAAUUUCAUUGUUAUGUGAAAGAUUAUUAACUCUUAAUUGUAUUAUUAAAGAAAAUAUAUGCAAAAUUAAUCAGUUUAAUGUUGACAUAGAUAAAACUUACACCACUCUACCAGAUAAGGGAACUCAAAUUUUAGAGAUGGGCUCUGGAGGGAGUAUAUUUACUACACUCAACACUUAA